GAAGUCUGAGUCAGGUUUCAAGUCAGCACAGGAAGAAGCAUUAACUGUUCAAGCAGUAUUCACUGCUCAGAAUACUAUUCCUUACCUUCUUUGGGUUCAGACCAACUAGCAGUGGCCUAUAAAUGACAUCCAUCCAUGGACCGUCAUUGGAAUUAUGCUGGAUUUGAGCUAGCAUAACUUGGGAUCCAUAUCCUCCUGAUGGGCAUGAUUUAAAAGGCAUUUCAGUGUUGGGAUUCCCCUAUACCAAGCAUUAAAGUGGUCAAUGCCACGGAAGUACAGGAACUAGAACAAAAGAAGUGGUGAGAGAGAGGAGUGACACACUGGGCUUAAGUUGCAUGCAUGUCACAGAAGGGAGGACGCAUGGGAGUUGGGAAGGAAGGUACUGGAACAACAGGAUGGUCGUGAUUUCCAAAAUCUUCCACUGAAACACAGCAAUACAAAGCUUCAGUCUUACUUGCCUCCAGAGACAGUCUGUGUUUCUCCUGGCACACUGGCAGAGGGGUAGAUCUCUACAGAGGUGAAUCCAAGGUGUAACCAUCGCCAGCAGGACCUACAGACUGCUCCAAUGUCAACACCUUCCUCCGUAGUUUCAUUGUUUGCACUCUUUCUUAACUUGCUUUGGGUAGUGUAAACGCAUAGUUACGUGGCUGUCUGUGUUAAUGGAAUAAGAAAGAGGAGCAAGUAAUAUUUUGAGUAGUGGAACUUAUAUGUGUCUGUCUUUCUCAGUUUUCUGUGUCUCACUCAUUGUCUCGAUAACCUCAUUUCAGUUCCUUGUGUCAUGUGAUUCCUGCCUGGCGUUAAUUGUGGUUCCUCUGUCCCGUGUCAUAAUGUUCUCCUUUGUCCCAGCUGACCAGAUACCAAUCAGAACUGAGCAGAUAUCCUAUUUCCACUGGGCUGUGAUGAUACUUAGCUCCUCCAAACUAUUGUUUUUCUCAUGCAAGUAUCUUGUAUUACCUCAGUGAAAGAGAAGCCAUGCUUUUCCCAUCUUUCCUUUCUGAUGUAGACAUGCCAUUCAGCAAACAAUCAAGCUUUAAUCAAGGUUCUCCGCAUUGCAGAAGAAGCGGGUACUAUGUGCUUAGCAGGGCAAGUACAGAGGAGGAAAUCAGAAACAUAGGCAAUAGGGCUGGGGUAAGCUGCCCUUUGUAUAACUUCCAACUGGCCAGCUUUUCAAAUGCUGUGACAGAAACAUGGAUCUGGUUUCUGGUUUUUCUUCCCUUUGAGAACUUUUGGCCAAAUGCUGUCAACAUGGAGUUCACACUAUAGCUCCAUCAGUGAUGGCAGUACAGAUCCCUCUCCCUUGUCCAACAGUGGCUUUCAGGAAACUGUAGGAAUGUAACAUCUCUGAGGCAUGUACUGCUCUGACUAGCUUUGCUCAGAUAGGUCAGCAGGUUCACAAGCUGAAGGAAUGGGCAGACAGAUUUACUAUGUAAAUCUGGUUUUCCCAAGAAACUCAACUAAAAAGUACCAGAAAACAGGUUACUGCACACACUUCUCCACUUAAGAUAAGACUAGGAGAACAAACAUGGCAAAUAGGAGAGUUGCGGCCUGAGUGCUCUAGCAGGCAUUUAGGUGUUAUGGCAUCUAAGCACUGCCUAAGACUGUACAUGAACUGUUCUGGCAAUGUCACAGUAAUGGAAUUUAAAAAAAAAUAAAAUUUGUCUAGUCCAUUUAGGCAUGUUUAGUUUCUCUCUGACUGUGGGGAAAAUAUCAUUCUGGGUGGUAUAUUACAAACGUUAUCCUUACUAAAUAGUUUGAGGGCACAUGUGUUCCCAUCAGGAGGGUGGAAAGAACAAGUGGUUUUGAUGUUGCCCGUGUUUUGAGCCUUGAAUGUUCAGAGGUUCAUCUGCAAAACUCCUUAUGUCAUCAGUAAAGAGGGCUUGUCCAGAGAGGUGUCAGUAAGAUAAGUAAAUCAGAGGAACUUCUCUCUCUCUCGACUUUCUCUGUAAUGCAGGUGCCUAGACUGCCAUGUAAAUUGCCUGGAAAAAAUGUCUUUUUAUCACUGACAGAUUCAUCACCGUGUGUUGGAAAGUUAAAUCUGGUGGUCAUAUAGAUUCGUUAUUGACAACUUGAUUCUUUCACCAGUAUAAUCUGGAUUUCUUUUGACUUCUGCUGACAAGGCAUUGACUCUAAAAUAGCUCUAGAAUUUAAAAAAUUCAGUUGGAUGAGUUUCCUCUAAUUUUUGUGGUGAUAUUAAAUAAAAUUUAAGCCUUACCAGAAAACAAAAGUGUAUUUUGGUAGUGUGUGCAGUAGCUGGGUAAAAUAAAUAUAGUUUAAGAUGUCACUGGUUAUUCGUCCCAGAAUGCCAGGAGAUUAAGGAGAGUGACAUUUUAAAUUUUAUCUCUACAUUAGCUAGAGUUGUCAAUAGUUCAGUAUCUCAGGAUACAAUUAUGAGAAAGCCUACUGGUAAUUGAUGCAUACAUGGAAGGGGGAUGUAAUUAAAUGGUUUUGGCUUUUUUCAUCAAUUACGAUAGUAAUUUUAUAUCACAUAAUAAAGUGCACCCUUAACUGAGUUCACAUUCAUGUAGGCUAACAGAGCUUGAGCUAUUUGUCAUAACAGCCGAUGUUGAUAGGCAUGCUGCUCAUAACAGAGCAUCUGUAAUUGCUACAUCCUGGAGUAGGUUUACAUUUUAAAGUAAACAAAGGGGCAAUGGCUAACAGCUAACUAUAACAGUCACCCGAAAUAAUAUGGGAACGGACAAAGUUUGGAGACAAGCAAGAGCAGGGAAAUGUAGUGCAUUGAUAUUCCAAUAAAUAUAGAUGAACUUUAAUGGGUUUGCCUGUAAAAAUUAAGAGCUGGUGUUAAAUAACUCGCUUGCAUUUCCUGGGAUUUGAUAUCUAGGUGCUAUCUAAAAUCUUAGGGAAAGUUUGUCCUUAAAUAUAAGCUGUAUUACCUUGUUUUACAGAGAACAGAGGAUGUAGAUGCGUUUUCUGGCAUUUUAUCUCUGACCAGCCCCUAGAGCACUCCCCGCCAGAAGCGCGUUUUUGGCCGAGGGGAUCAGUACUCGUGAUUCUUUCCAUAUGCCGCCUCGGCCCAUUCCUGCGCUGAGUGGAGUGAUGUAAUUGGAGUCACACAUCGUGCAGAAAUAAGAGUCCGGUCAGUUUCUGUGUUUUGGACAAAGCAGUGAAAAACUCACUACUUUACUAAGCCCACCUUAUAACCAAAUGCCUUAGAAGUUUACAGAUUCUGCAAUUCUGCACCCUCCUUACAGCAGAAGAGACGUCCCCAUUUGCAAUUGCCAGACAAGAGAUUUCUGUACUUUUUUUUUUUUCUUUUUUUGUGCUUAGUUGACGCACCGGUUUUAGAGACCAGUACGUUACCAAUAUGCAGUAAGGUGUGGGAUUUGACAGUAAGCCUGGCCCUGUGGUUUUCAUAGGGGAGAUAAUUACUGUCGAGCAUGUGCAAACAUUCCAAGGAAGUGGCAGCGAGUAAGGAGAAGUUAAUGGGAGGCUUUGGCGUAACAAAUCUGUAACCUUUCUGCUAUUUCUUAUUAACCAGCAAUCCUGUAGCCUUCUGUUAGUCCCUGUUUAUUAAAAGCAUUGGAGCAGUCUAUAGGACCAUUGCUGGUAGUAUCCAGAUAGUGCUCAGUGUCGGACAAUAUGGAACACAAAGUAAAAAUACAUAAAUAUAAUUAAAUGUUUAGAUAAAUGUAUAACAAAUAAAUUCACGUGCCGAGCUGAAAUAAAGCGAGUCUCUGUGCUGACACCACAAAUUCAGAACAUCUGUUUGACUCCCAAUAAUCAACCAGCAGUCACAUUCAAAGAAAACUUAAGAGAGUUUUAUAAGACUGCGGCAUAGAAGUUAGUACAAAAGAAGCUUGGGGUAUGCUGAGAUAGUCUCCUACAGGGAGGAAGAAAAAGAGAAAGAAGGUUAGGAGGAUGAAUUUGGUGUCUGGAAUAUAUAUUGUGUUAGUAAGUGAAAUAUCAAACCCUCAUGCUGUUUUUAUCUUUUUCAUAUGUAGCAUUUAAAAAUAGAAAUUGCACGACUGAAAUUAAAUGGCUAGCUGGAUUUUGAAGAGUUUCUUUUAUACCUUCUUUCUUAAUUGACAGGAUCUCUAGGAGAUAAAUUGGUGCUGCAGUUCUGUGGUAGCUACAGGGAGCUCAUUUUGUGGCACGCCUGGUAUAAAAAUUUGCUACACGAGCUAGAGGUAAUCUGUUAAAAUAAUAACACAACUACAUUUCUGUCUGCUAAUAUGGCACUGAGAACUACUAAAACAGACUCGGUUCUUGUUCAUUAAUGUGCCAAUGCAGAAGGAUCAUGAUUGACACUAAGAGCAAGCCCAGUGUGAAAAGGGCUCUCUUAUGAUCAAAGCCAAAAACGAGAGAAGGGGAUCUGAAAGAGCUUUAGAAGUGGCAGAAGGAUGAUUACAGACCUAUGGGGAAACAGAGAGAAAGAUGAUAGAAAGUAGAUGGAGGUUUCCAAAGGAGUAGUUUUAGUUGCCUCCUCAACACGUAAGCAGUGCAACCCUACUUUUAUAGUAAGCUCUUAAAACUUCUGAAAAAUGUUGUCUAUCUAUUGCUUUUUUCCCCCAUAUCGAUAUGAAGGUAGCCCUUUACAUUUAACCACUCCUUUGCCUGUCUGUCUGUGAAAUGAGCUGCAGCGAACACAAGCACGUCGGAGUGGCUGCUGCUGAAACAGGACUGGUAAAGAGAUUGGGGCAAACCUGUCAUGUUUUACCUCAGACAUAUAAAUCAUUAAUUUUUCAAGGGCUUUUCUCUUCUUAACAUUUUUGUUGUUGCAAAUGACCGAGCACUUAGGUUGUGCAGAUAAUGGGGUUUUUCUUUUGGCAGCUGACCAGAAAAAUGUGGAAAGGGUGAAAGCUGAGAGGUUGUUUUGGAUUAAACAGAUUUUUUCAAGGAUUUUUUCUUUUUUCUUUCCCAAACGAAAAUUGGAAGAUAUUGUUCCGUUGGUGAAGAAAAUAUUCUGUUUGAGCACAAGAAAAUAUUUUGUUUUGGAGGUUUUGUAAGAAAAAUACUGAAAAUUGAGUCUAGUUUAUAAAAUAAAUGUUGGUGGUCUCAUUCCCCUUGGUAGGUACACUCCCUCUUAGUAUGUAUGCUCCCUCUGGCCACGGAAGAAUAUUUCUCUCCUUUGCCUGACGGAAGGUUUAAAGCUGUAUCUCCUACCCCCAGAAGUGGAUCAGAAAAAUAGCAAGGGUCUGUGGAGUGCCAGGGCAUUGCCAUUGGCAUUGGGAAGACUGUACAACUGCGCAAUAGAUUUCAGGAUCGAGAGGUCGGUUGGCCCCAUUACAUGCUUUAUUGCAUCCACACUUGACAUUCAGUGUGCAUUAAAUUCAACCAUGCUGUUAGCUAGCUACCAUGUCUAAGAUAGAUCACAUCGAAAUGUACUAGAGGGCUGUCCUUGAACUAGUUUUCACCUGUAAGGCUUCAGAAAAGAGCCCUGACUCAUUUCCUUUGCAUCCGCCUAGUGAGAGUGAGAGGUUCAGUACUGCGGAGGGCUUAUUGGCAUGCUUACUUCAAUCAUUAGCUUAAUCUAAUGCAGAGUUAUUCUGCAGUAAGUAAUUUGUUAUGGGAAAGUUUGGAGCAUUAAACUUCAGGAUGUGGAUUAAUUGCAUAAUACAGAUAUCAGGAUGUGCUUAAUGCUUCAUUUUGCAUGCAGUGAUGGCAGAUUACUUACACAGAGGCUAGAAAUCAGAUCUCCCACUGCUUGGAAGGGUAUUCUAUUUCUCAUGUUAGUGUUAUUUUCCUAUUUACUUGGAUUUGCUUUUAAGAACUGGAUACAAAGUGUAGGAAAGGCGAUUCUAAACAGGCCAUGAUCAAGGAAUUCAGAGGCAGGACAGUUUGAUUUAAAUCCUGCCCUGAACUGGGCACAUAGUGGUUUUUCCCUCUUGGUUCAUAUUUCUUAAAGAAAAGCUAAUACUUCUGGUUUCAUUAAGGAAGUGCUUAUCUGUAGAGAGAAAUGAGGGAAAAAUACAGAAAACAGUUUCUACUGAGAGGAGAGACAUUAGUAGCAUUAGGAAUGUUGUCAAGAAAUUGAGAGGUUCUGGUAAUCUUACCACAAUUUUUCGUGGUGGUGGUGUUGGUGUUGAUGAUGUUGAAUUUUACUUCCCAUCCAAAAUUCUAUACAAUUGGUAUACUCAUUUAGAGCACAGAAUCGCAUUUAUUGAAGGCGGUAUCUACACUCUUAGCCUUGGACAAUGCAGUCCAUGUGUGGUGAUUCUUGACGUCAUAAACUGAUGGCCAAAGAACUGGGUCUUAACUCCCUCUUCAGUUUCAUUGUUUAUUGUGUAAGGUGGCAAACCUAAAACAAAUAACCACAUUGCACUAUGCUAAAAUUCUCAACACAAGUACGAAAACCAUACUACUUAUCCAUAAUACCAACUUUAACCAUCAUCUCUCUAGUUUCUUCAUGGAGGAUUUAUAUCCAGCUCUAAAUGUGUAAAAUAACGUAACAAAAAUAUUUUAUGUGAGAAAGAUGAAGAGAAUUUAAAAGAACACUCCAAGCAUGUAUUUGUCCUGUGCCAUUCACGGAAUUUGUCCGCAGCGGUUCUUUGUGUGGAACAACGCAUAUGGCUUUGGAUGUUUAUGGAGUUUGAUCAUUAGGCAGCAAACUCGUUCAACGCUCUUUGCUCUUUUGUAGACCUUCUCAAGUUUCCAGAUAGGCACCCCUUCCAAAUGUAGGUAUAGGUAUAUAAAUUUUUUAAAAUAUGUGGGUUUUUUGUACUAUCUGUAGGGUUGCAUUUAUGGUUUAGCUGUUAUUUUAAAAUAUGUUUUAGAAAUUUUGGAACAGUUGCCUUUGCUAAAAGUGCUUAUGUUUGCAAAGAAGUAGCUGCUAUAUACUGAAGAAUUCGUUAUAGAUAUUUUUAUUUACUUUGCAUUCUCUUUUUGUAACAUCUGAUACCUUUAAAAGAGGCUAAGGCAACAUUGAGGUAAAGGUUGCUUGCUCUCUUCAGACACAGUUAAUUGCUAAGCUGAGGUUCGUACUAUCUGAUGUUGAGUUUUACUCCUGAGAGGCUUAGAAAGUAGCUGUUUUCCAGUGCAAAGCAUUGGCAUGUUUUUACCUAUCUUUAUUUGUAUAAAGACACACAGCUUUUUUUUUUAAUAUUUCAGAGCAAUGUAGUUAAUGGACAGCCCUGAAAACUUUUUUUCACAUAGUAUGUUCAGUGCAGGCCUAUGGUACCAUGCUUUCCCAUGGUUUAUCAGCCAGGCUGUUUACCAAAUUUGACACUGGAGAUCCAUUUGAAAAAUGAGAGCGUAAUUUAAAUACAACAAGUAUUUAAUGCUUCCUUCUUGACCAUUCUCCUGGUGAAUCAUAUUCCACAUUGUGUGGUGUACAUUGCUUGGUUCCACUGAAAUUCAGUUAAUGGAGGUGCACUGAUUUAUAUAGCCUAAGGAGUUAUGACUUGAAGACAGCUUCACUUUAAGAACAGAUGUUGGCUGUAGCUUUGUAUGUUUAGAAAUAAGGGUCUUUAAAUCAUCAUCUUUAAUUUUUCUCUCUUACUUGUGUGCAUCUCUUCUGGUAAAUCCUGUAUAAGUCUUACUGUACAGAAUUGCAAUUUGAGGGAAGUUAUGAUAAAAUUACUUUGUCUAACCUGAGGUGGGUAACUAUGCUAGUAUGUAGGCUUAGGAUGACUAACAUAAGGUUUUUUACACUGAAGGGUUUGGGUGGUUUUUUUUUUCCUGAAGAAAUCAACAACCUAAAUGCAGUCAUAACUGAUCGAUUUAGUACUUCCUAUGUAAAACAGGGGUUUCUACUUCAUCAGAAGUGGUGCCACAGAGACUAAUAUACCCUCUUACACUAUAGAAUUUGAUGCAGUAUUGCAUUCAAAACCAAAUAUAAAGUUAACAUACAUCUUAACAAUGAAAGUUACAAUACAUCAGUUCCACUGUCAAAUCCCAUUUAAGAUGAAAUCAGGUAAAGAUUGUUAAAUAGCUUUAAGCACACUCUAAAUAGCAAUUUUUAUGUUGUUACAAGGACACUGAACUUUGAAUUGAAUUAAAUGUUUUAAAUUAACUCAAAUUCUUUCACUGUUCUUUUCUUCCCCCCCAAUGUAUAGCUUAGCCUCAAUCACUUUGGAAUUGUUCCAGGCAGAGGCCUUUAAAGUGAUAUUUCCUGUACCCGUUUGAACUCUGAUUUCUGAAUGCGGAAAGGCUUAGUGAAAAGCAAAACUAAAAAUGCUUUGGAAAUUAGGAUUCAUGAUAUAGCUGAUCAAAGGCUAGUGAAGGAUGCCCCGUGGGAUGAGGUCCCUCUCGCUCACUCCUUAGUUGGUUUUGCCACUGCGUAUGACUUCUUGUACAGCUAUCUUAGCAAGAUUCAACAGGAGAGAUUUCUUGAGGUAAUUGCCAAUGCCUCGGGAUAUAUGUACGAAACAUCAUACAGACGUGGAUGGGGCUUCCAGUACCUCCACAACCACCAGCCUACCAACUGUGUGGCCCUGCUGGCUGGAAGCCUGGUUCUGAUGAAUCAAGGCUACCUUCAGGAAGCCUACUUGUGGACCAAACAAGUGUUGGCAAUCAUGGAGAAGUCGGUAGUCCUGCUGCAGGAGGUCACUGAUGGGUCCCUCUAUGAAGGGGUGGCUUAUGGCAGCUACACAACCAGAUCACUGUUCCAGUACAUGUUUCUUGUCCAAAGGCACUUUGAUAUCAAUCACUUCAGCCACCCCUGGCUCAAGCAGCACUUUGCAUUUAUGUACAGGACUGUCCUGCCAGGGUUUCAGAGAACCGUGGCCAUUGCGGAUUCCAACUAUAACUGGUUCUAUGGGCCGGAGAGCCAGCUGGUGUUUCUUGACAAAUUUGUCAUGCGCAACGGCAGCGGGAACUGGUUGGCAGAGCAGAUCAGAAGGAACCGUGUGGUGGAGGGGCCGGGAACGCCAUCCAAAGGGCAGAGGUGGUGCACUCUCCACACUGAAUUUCUCUGGUAUGAUGCAAGUUUGCGCUCCGUACCUCCACCAGACUACGGGGUUCCUAAGCUACAUUAUUUUGAGGACUGGGGAGUGGUAACCUAUGGAAGUGCUUUGCCAGCUGAAAUCAACAGGCCUUUCCUUUCCUUCAAGUCAGGAAAGCUGGGAGGACGUGCAAUAUAUGAUAUUGUUCAUAAGAACAAGUACAGAGAGUGGAUCAAGGGGUGGAGGAACUUUAAUGCUGGCCAUGAACACCCGGACCAAAAUUCCUUUACUUUUGCUCCCAAUGGCAUACCUUUCAUAACAGAAGCUCUUUAUGGGCCAAAAUACACUUUUUUUAAUAAUGUGUUGAUGUUUUCCCCUGCCGUGUCCAAGAGCUGCUUCUCCCCAUGGGAAGGGCAGAUUACAGAAGACUGUUCCUCAAAGUGGCUUAAAUAUAAACAUGACUUGGCUGGUGACUGUCAGGGACGAGUGGUUGCCGCCAUGGAGAGAAGUGGGGUGGUUUUUAUCAGGGGAGAAGGCGUGGGUGCAUACAAUCCUAAACUGAAGCUGAGAAAAUUGCAAAGAAACCUCAUACUUCUCCAUCCCCAGCUUCUCUUGCUAGUGGACCAAAUCCAUCUAGAAGAUGACAGCCCCCUGGAGGCAGCGACCAGUUUCUUCCACAAUGUGGAUGUGCCUUUUGAAGAAACAGUUAUUGAUGAUGUCCAUGGGGCCUUUAUUAGGCACCACGAUGGGAUAUAUAAGAUGUACUGGAUGGACGACACUGGCCACAGUGAGAAAGCAACCAUCGCCUCAAGGAUGUAUCCCCGGGGCUACCCAUACAAUGGGACGAACUACGUGAAUGUAACGACCCUCCUGCGGCACCCCGUCACAAGGGCCAUUUAUCUUUUCAUGGGGCCCUUCGUUGAUGUGCAGAGCUUCACCGUCCGUGGAGAUUCUCCGCAGCUGGAUGUUUUCGUUACCACCAGUGAGCAUGCCUACACGGUGUACCUGUGGCCCGCUGAGGAUGGGUCCCGCUCUCCCUUUGCACAGGUUAUUGCAGACCGCCAGAAAAUUGUCUUUGACCGAGCCGCUGCCAUCAGGAGCUCCGCGGUGCCAGAAGUGAAGGACUACGUAGGAAUUGUGGAGAGGAACCUGCAGCAUUUUAAGCCUGUUUUCCAGCAGCUUGAGAAGCAGAUCUUGUCUCGUGUACGCAACACGGCUAGCUUUAGGAAGACUGCUGAGCGCCUGCUGAGGUUUUCAGAUAAGAGACAGACAGAGGAGGCUAUUGACAGGAUAUUUGCAAUCUCACAGAGGCAGCAGCAGCAGCACGGCAGAGCAAAGAAAAACAGAAAGGUAGCCAAAGGCUACAAAUUUGUCGAUGCCGUUCCUGACAUUUUUGCACAAAUUGAGGUAAAUGAAAGAAAAGUGCGUCAAAAGGCACAGACUCAAGCACAAAAAGAGUUGCCUGUAGAUGAGGACGAGGAAAUGAAAGAUCUUCUGGAUUUUGCUGAUAUCACUUAUGUGAAGCACAAAACUGGGGUGUCAAUCAAAGGCCGAUCAGGGCCCGCACAGAUGGUGACGACUGCUCGAAGUAGUGCCCCAUCAAUAUCAGCUUCUUAUACCCGUCUCUUUCUAAUUCUCAACAUUGCUAUUUUUUUUGUCAUGUUAACAAUGCAGCUCACAUACUUUCAGAAGGCCAAGAGACUGCAUGGCCAAAGAUGUCUGUAUGCAAUACUUUUAGUAGACAGCUGUAUAUUAUUGUGGCUGUAUUCUUCCUGUUCUCAGUCACAAUGUUAGCAGAAGACCUCUACUAGUCGACCAGUUUAUGGUCAUAUACGUCUAUGCAAAAGCAUUAACCCUAAUAGGGCCAAAGUCUAUCUUCUUCUUUCUGAAACAUUCCAAAAACAGCUGGGGAAAGAUUGGUUUCAGACCAGAAGGGAUGGAAGAAUAGGGCAAGCAAUGAAUAUCUCAGAAAUCUAAGUACUUAAUAAGUACUCCUCCUUUGUGUUUUGAGUUGGGCCUCACAUCUGAGGGAAUGUUAUGCUUUGUUCAUCAGAGUUCAGUAAUGUAAAGUUGUAAUUAAUUUUUUGGUGAGAAGAGCCCUCUUAAUGGAUUUCUUUCUAAGGGCUUUCUUUUUAUACAGAAUUGGGUUUGCAUUUAGUGAGUUUUCAUUUCACGCUGCUAUGGAUGUCUCUGGACAUUCUCUUAAGAAAAGGACAUUCAAACACAAGUAUGCAAGGCAGAUCUUAGCAGUAGACUUCAUUUCUCUCUGCUAAACCAAAGAACGCUUCAAUAUGGGACACUCCGAUGUAAUUAUUGCAGGCCCUUACAUCAUGUCAUCUCUUCCGUGCUUUACACGUGGCACAGUGGGAAAUGGCAAUCAUGUCAGUGCUUGCCAAGUGAGAGGUGCAACGCCUAGUAGGCAGUAGCAGAAGGCAAAUAUGGGGCUAACUCAAACUCUAAAGGAACACAAUUCUCAGGAAAAAAAAAACCCAAAACCAAAAAAAUAUCUUUCAGUCAACUGUAGACCAUAGAAGGAUGAAUGCUGCAGGGUCUGUUCUCCUUUUUAUAAGGCAGGGUUUCACAAAAGUUUUCUAUAGUUCGAAGCAUGUCUUAGUAGGGAAAUAAAGUCCUAGAUCAAUGUCCUUCCGUAUGCAAUUGUAAAAAUACAAACAAAAAACCAAAGUGAUCCUGUGGUAAUCUCAGCAAGUGCCAGUAUGGAAAAAGAGGUAUUAAGGAAGUAUUUAAUGUCUUUUUUUCUGUUCACAUGGCUAGAAAUAGAGGACAGUAAAAUGGUGCGAACAGCCUGUUCUCUAUAAAGCACCAGCAAGGGUUCUGCAAGCUCUUGGUGGCCCUGGGUCAAUUAUUUGGGGAUUAGUGGUAAAUGGAAUCAUGUGGUUUAUGACAAAAAUAAGUUUGACGUCUCCACAUAUAUCCCCUUCUGUUCAUUAAACUGAUUUCAAAAAAUUGUGGCUAUUUGAGAGGAUGGAAGCUCUAUGGAAUUGGGACAUAUCUGUAUGUCUUUACAGAAAAACAAUUCUUCCAGUACAUUUGCUAAAUAAAAACAUUUUAAUUGUU